GGUGUUUCGCGCACUGAGAAAUAGCAGCUGUCAUGGCGGCUUCCUUAAGCAGCGAAGUGCAUAGCUUGGGUCAGUUGUUAAUAGACCCUGGAAAACCUUUGCCUUUAAGGUUCCGGGCGCUUUUUACGUUGCGGAACCUUGGGGGUGCUGAGGCCAUUGACUGUAUCGGCCGUGGUUUCCAGGACGAGUCGGCACUGCUUAAGCAUGAGCUGGCCUACUGCCUUGGGCAGAUGAAAGAUCGGAGGGCUCUGCCUGUGCUCAAACAAGUGUUACAAGACCGUCAACAGGAGCCUAUGGUUCGGCAUGAAGCAGGAGAAGCUUUGGGGGCUAUUGGAGACCCUGAGGUGUUGGAAUUGCUGAGAGAAUAUGCCCAGGACCCUGUGAUAGAGGUUGCAGAAACUUGUCAGCUGGCCGUGAGUCGUAUAGAGUGGCUUCAGAAGAAUCCAGAUUCCCCAGAUACUAAUCCUUAUUUAUCUGUGGACCCUGCUCCUCCUGCUGAGGAAAAAGAUGUUCCUACACUUCGCGCAACACUGUUAGAUGAAACCUGCCCACUGUUUCACCGAUAUCGUGCUAUGUUUGCGUUGCGCAAUAUUGGAGGAGAAGAGGCUGUGUUGGCACUUGCAGAUGGCUUGCAGAUCGGUGGGUCCCUAUUCCGUCAUGAGAUUGGUUAUGUGUUAGGUCAGAUGCAACAUAAGGCAGCUGUCCCAGGAUUGUCUGCAGCAUUGGAGCGAUUUGAGGAGAACCCUAUGGUUCGGCAUGAGUGUGCUGAAGCUCUUGGUUCUAUUGCCCAUGAAGAUUGUCUAAAGGCACUUCGUGCACAUGUUGGUGAUGGAGAAAGAGUUGUGAGAGAGAGCUGUGAGGUGGCCUUGGAUAUGCAUGACUAUGAGAACAGUGGGGACUUCCAGUAUGCAAAUGGAUUAAGCCAAAUUUGUGAACAAAUAUGAUUUUUUUAUGAACAAUACAAGCUUUUCAUUCAAAGUAGUUCAUGCAGCUGCUACAUUAUCCUUCACAGGGUAUACUUCAAAAAUUAAAAAUCUCUGUAUUUCCUUUGGCAUUUGCUAAUAAAGAUGGAUGAACUGUGAUA